ACGGUGAAGGAGCUCUCUUCUCUUAUAUCUCGGGUCGUCAGCUGAUUGAGUCGAUUUUCGGAUUCGUGCUCUGCCCCGUGAAAGAGAAACACCGGAUAUCGACAGAACCGAAGCUCGCAUGCCAUGCACCGCGUCGGGUCGGAACCGCAGCCCGAGAAGAUUUCCGAUAUUUCGUGUCCGGAGGCCAUAACUCGAACCGUCUUGUACUCCAUUUCGGCAGCGGCAAUAGCCGUCUUCAUCGUCAAUAACGGCAAACAGGUCUUGAAGCUCAAACGUGGAGGAGUAAUCCUGCCCACCGCUUGCGCUCUGACGUCCGCUGGAAUCGUCGGUAAAAUGAAAAUGGAUUCCUAUGUGGAGAUCUUGAGGUCACAGAAAGCCGCGAAAGGGGCCUCCUCGUGAGCCUUCUUCUUGAGAGGGAGGAAUCGAUAUUGGGAAGCUCCUGAGAAUCUCGAGGUUGAGCAGGGAGCUCCAUCAAUCGUCCCGGCGGCUUCAGCGACCAUCAUGAAGAGCUCAUCGAGCAUGUCGUUCACGUUUCUACUCAUCUCUGUCGUGAUGCUAUCGAGGGCGGACGGGAAUUCAACAGAAGAGAGAAAUCAACAACAGAUAGGAACUUUCUUCAAGAAAGGCCAUACCAACAAUUGGGCGGUGCUCGUUUGCACUUCUCGAUUUUGGUUCAACUAUCGGCACGUAGCCAACGUGCUUUCUAUCUACCGCAGCGUGAAGCGACUCGGGAUCCCCGACUCCCGCAUCAUACUCAUGCUAGCCGACGACAUGGCCUGUAAUUCUCGGAACCCUUCGCCUGCAACCAUUUUCAACAACAGAGAGCAAGCCAUAAAUGUUUAUGGGGAUGAUGUUGAGGUCGACUACAGAAACUAUGACGUGACUGUUGAGAGUUUCAUCAGGCUCCUCACUGGACGAGUGCCGGAGAACACUCCGACAAGCAAGAGGCUGCAGACAGACGAGCACUCCAAUAUCCUCGUGUACAUGACAGGACAUGGUGGGGAGGGGUUCCUCAAAUUCCAAGAUAGCAAAGAAUUGACGAGUGUCGAACUCGCUGACGCUUUCGAACAAAUGUGGCAGAUGCGGCGCUACCACGAGGUUCUUUACAUUGUUGACUCGUGUCACUCUGAGUCAAUGUUCUUGACGUUCUACUCGCCGAACAUCCUCGCAAUAUCCUCGUCUCGAGUGGACGAGGAUAGUCUCUCGCACCACGGCGACUCGCGCAUCGGUGUGUACGUCAUUGAUCGCUACACAUUUUACGUGCUGCAGUUCCUGGAGAGGGUUCGACCGGACAGCCUUGUUAGCAUGCAUGAGUUCUUCAAGGUCUGCCCAAAAAGCCAGUGCAUCUCUACGGUGGCUACGCGGAAAAACUUGUUCCAACGCGACGUCAAGGAAGCGCAGCUCACAGAUUUUUUCGGCGGUGUGCGGAAUAUCGAGCUAACAUACGAUCUUAUUGAUUUGCCGCAGUCAGCCAUAAGGGCUUGAUCUUCUCUGUUGCCUCGAAGGAGCGGAAAGUUGUGAAGAGCUCAGAAAUGAAAGGAAGUGAAGACCAAAAC